CACGAGUUUAGUCAGUUGUGCUCCGAGUCCCGAAAACGAAAGUCGCCAGCAUAAACAGGCAGAGCCCCUAACAAAGCAAAACCUAACAAACUCCAAAGGACGAAACUUAACUGCUAUCAAAAUAAAUAUUGCCAAUUGAAAACCCCACCAAUACUCCGUGUUCGUGCUUAAAAAAAAAACUUAAAUUCAGAACAAAAAGGAUUUCACCAAAAACUUACUUUUCCGCACAUGCGCGAAUUCCGCGAAAAAGAAGGCAAAAAAGCUAGCUAAAAAGCGAGGCCCAAAAAAUAGACAAAAACGAAGAGCAAGGAGCCCCCACAUCGCCGCUCCCCCUCGCACGCACUGUGCGUUGUGUGUUGGUCUAACGGUAACCGUGCCGCGGUCAAGCGAGAGCAAAGGAGAGAGAGAGGCCGCGAGCUGGGAAAAAAGUUCCGUGCUCCCGGUUCCCGUUUCCCAAUUCUCCCGGAGAAUUCCUCUGGAGCGUCCCCAAGCCGUCUAGAGCCGCCAAGAUGCAGAACUGGGAGACGACAGCCACGACCAACUACGAGCAGCACAACGCCUGGUACAGCAGCAUGUUUGCGGCCAAUAUCAAACAGGAGCCGGGUCACCAUCUCGAUGGGAAUAGCGUGGCCAGCAGUCCGCGUCAAUCCCCGAUACCCUCCACCAAUCACCUGGAGCAGUUCCUCAAGCAGCAGCAGCAGCAUCAGCAACAGCCCAUGGAUACCCUCUGCGCCAUGACCCCAUCGCCCAGUCAAAACGAUCAGAAUAGCCUGCAACACUACGAUGCCAACUUGCAGCAACAGUUGCUGCAGCAGCAGCAAUACCAGCAGCAUUUCCAGGCAGCCCAGCAGCAGCAUCAUCACCACCAUCAUCUGAUGGGUGGCUUUAAUCCCCUGACGCCACCGGGUCUGCCCAAUCCCAUGCAGCAUUUCUAUGGCGGCAAUCUGCGACCCAGUCCUCAGCCCACUCCCACAUCCGCAUCCGCAGUGGCUCCAGUUGCAGUUGCCACCGGCAGCCAGCAGCACAGCGAGAAAUUGCAGGCUCUUACACCGCCCAUGGAUGUCACACCGCCCAAGUCGCCGGCCAAGUCCAGUCAAUCGAAUCUAGAGCCCGAGAAGGAGCACGACCAGAUGUCCAACUCCAGCGAGGACAUGAAAUACAUGGCCGAGUCCGAGGACGAUGAUACGAACAUCCGCAUGCCCAUCUACAAUUCGCACGAGAUGAAGAAUUACAAGUGCAAGACCUGCGGCGUUGUGGCCAUCACCAAGGUGGACUUUUGGGCACACACCCGCACCCACAUGAAGCCGGACAAGAUCCUGCAGUGCCCCAAGUGCCCGUUCGUCACCGAGUUCAAGCACCAUCUGGAGUACCACAUCCGGAAGCACAAGAACCAAAAGCCCUUCCAGUGCGACAAAUGCAGCUACACCUGUGUGAACAAGUCCAUGUUGAACUCGCACCGCAAGUCGCACAGUUCGGUUUAUCAGUACCGUUGUGCGGACUGCGAUUAUGCCACCAAGUACUGCCACAGCUUCAAGCUGCAUCUGCGCAAGUAUGGACACAAGCCUGGAAUGGUCCUGGAUGAGGACGGCACUCCGAAUCCUUCGCUGGUCAUCGAUGUCUAUGGCACUCGUCGUGGUCCAAAGAGCAAGAAUGGUGGACCCAUUGCCAGCGGAGGAAGUGGCAGCGGCAGCCGCAAGUCAAAUGUGGCAGCUGUGGCCCCGCAGCAACAGCAGCCAUCCCAGCCCAUCCAGCCAGUCACAUCCCAGCUGAGCGCUGCCCUGCAAGGAUUCCUGGUGCAGAGCAACUCGGCUCCCGCGGCGGCAUCUCCUGUGCUCCCACUGCCCGCCUCCCCUGCCAAGAGUGUGUCCAGCGUGGAUCAGACUCCCAACCUGCCCAGCCCAGCUAAUCUUCUGCCUCCUCUGGCCAGCCUGCUGCAGCAGAACCGCAACAUGGCCUUCUUCCCGUACUGGAACCUUAAUCUCCAGAUGCUGGCUGCCCAGCAACAGGCCGCCGUCCUGGCCCAACUAUCGCCACGAAUGCGGGAGCAACUCCAGCAGCAAAACCAGCAGCAGAGCGACAAUGAGGAGGAGGAGCAGGAUGAUGAGUACGAGCGCAAGUCGGUGGACUCUGCCAUGGAUCUCUCUCAAGGAACCCCCGUGAAGGAGGAGGAGCAGCAGCAGCAGCCUCAGCAGCAGCAGCCGCUGGCCAUGAAUCUCAAGGUGGAGGAGGAGGCCACGCCGCUGAUGAGCAGCUCGAAUGCCUCCAGGCGCAAGGGACGCGUCCUCAAGUUGGACACCCUGCUGCAACUGCGAUCGGAGGCCAUGACUUCCCCAGAGCAACUGAAAGUGCCCAGCAGCAGCAGCAUGCCCACUGCAUCCUCACCGAUUGCCGGACGCAAGCCCAUGCCCGAGGAGCACUGCUCGGGAACCAGCUCGGCGGAUGAGUCCAUGGAGACGGCCAAUGUGCCGCAGGCCAACACCAGUGCCAGCUCCACGGCCUCCAGCUCGGGUAACAGCUCCAAUGCCAGCAGCAACAGCAAUGCGAACAGCAGUAGCAACUCCAGUAGCAAUGGAACCACUUCAGCGGUCGCAGCUCCUCCAUCCGGAACUCCGGCGGCAGCGGGAGCCAUCUACGAGUGCAAGUACUGUGAUAUCUUCUUCAAGGACGCCGUGCUCUACACCAUCCACAUGGGCUACCACAGCUGCGACGAUGUGUUCAAGUGCAACAUGUGCGGCGAGAAGUGCGACGGACCCGUCGGCCUCUUCGUCCACAUGGCCAGGAACGCUCACUCCUAAGUCCCCCACUCACCUUGUUAUUAUUAUUUAUCACUAUUAUCACAUUAAUCGUUGUCCAGAAUUGUAUAUAUUCGUAGCCUAAGUUUUCCAAAACACUAUUUUGUUGUCGAAAAUUGUAAAUAAGCCAAUUAAGCCGCUAAUUCUAGACCUAAGUUUAUAUAUCUAAUCCUAACUGUAUUGAACUGUAGCCACCUUUCUAUCUGUCCUCUAUACUCUCUUGUAUUUUCGAACUCGACUAAAAACCCUGAAAACGGUUUAAAAAAUUAUAAUAAAUGCAUGGAGAAACGUAAGCCUAAGUUUAGACUAAUUUGUAAGUCAAGCGAGUCAAGCGAACAACCAAACAAACAAAACCAACAGUCCAAAGUCAAAUUAAUAAAAUAUAGUUUAUAAUAUAUACAUAAA